AUGGGUGGAGGAUCAUCAAAAAAGAAAGAUAUUAAUGAUAUUGAAAAAAACAACUAACAAGGUCCAAAUGGAUCAUCUUCAAAAAAAAAUAAUAAUGGUAAAAAUGGAUAGCAAAUAUCAAACAAUUCUCCAGUAAAAGGUGGUUAUAAGAGACAUAAGCAAUUCGAAGUUUCAAAAAUCCAUCUCCAAUCUCAUGAAUUGAAUGAAUUAAAGUGCAUGACAGCAAAUAAAAGAGUAGUAACUGAUUUUGUUGUUGGCAAUAAUAGGAGCUCUUAGUCAUAGUAUUAAUCUAUUCUUGAUUAGCUAAGCUAAGGAGAGGGACAACUUUAUUAUUAAGAUCCUAACUUCCCUGCUUAGCUAUCUUCCCUAACAAAGGAUAUAAAUACCUUUGAAAGAGCAUAAAAAUUGACAUGGAAGCGCCCUCAGUAAUUUAUGAUUCCAGAAAAAGGGAAGCCUCUACAAUACCAUGUAUUUUAAAAAGGAAUUGAGCCUAAUGAUGUCCUUUAAGGUGACUUGGGAGAUUGCUAUUUUAUGUCAGCUCUCUGUUGCUUAGCCGAAAGACCUGGCCUGAUCGAGAGGCUUUUUGAAACCAAAGAAGUAAACUAGCAUGGGUGUUAUUGUGUUUGGCUGUGUCACGAUGGUGAAUGGACUUAAGUUGUAUUAGAUGAUUUCUUCCCUUGCUUUAAUGAUGGAGGGCCUGCUUUUUCAAGAUCUCAUGACAACGAGCUUUGGGCUUUGCUUUUAGAAAAAGCUUAUGCCAAGCUUUUUGGAGCUUAUGAUAAAAUUGAAUCUGGUUUGGCAGGACAUGCAAUUCACGAUUUAACUGGUGCUCCAUAUGAAUAUUUUGUUAGAGACAACGAUAUAGAUUUUGAUGAGAAUGAUAUAUGGGAUUUCCUUAUUUAGAACCUAAUCAAUAGAAAUUAUAUCGUUACAGCAAGUUCUGAAUAAAAUACAAGACAUCUUGAGCAAAACUAAGACUAUUUAGGUAUUAUUAGCAAUCAUAGUUAUAGUAUAUUGGAUGCAAGAGAAGUUACAGAUAGUGAAGGAUAAAAAGAUAGAAUCAUAUAGAUCCGUAAUCCAUGGGGAUAGUUUGAAUGGAAAGGAGAUUGGAGUGAUAAUUCUUACAAAUGGACUCAGCGUUUAGCUUAGGAAUUAAAAGUUUAAGAAAGUGAUGAUGGUAUUUUUUGGAUGAGUAUUAAUGAUUUCUAAAGCAAGUUCUCUCAGAUAAUGGUCUCAAAGGUUGAAAAUAAUUAUAAAUAUAGCAGUAUAAGGAGUAGUAAAGCACCUGUCUAAGAAAAAGUUACAGUGAGAGUCUUUACUAUGAAAGUUUUUUCAAGGACUAAGUGUUUUAUUGGUGUUUCUUAAAGAGACAAGAGAAAUUUUGCUAAAAAUCCAAAGUUUAAAAAUUACAAUUACUCUUUAAUGAGAAUUAUUGUAUCAAGCUUAGAUAGUGAUGGUCAUGAUAAGUCAGGGUAAGUAGAGAAUUUCGUUGGAUCUGCUUUUGAAUGCGAAAGGGAUAUUUCUUUUGAAACUCAAGAAGCAUUAGAGCCAGGAACUUAUCUUGUUUAUGUAGAAUGUGACUGGACUUAAGAUGAUGUCCGUGAAUUUGUUGUUUGGUGCUAUGGAGAAAAUCCUGUAGAAUUUUUAGAAAUUAAAUCUGCAUAAAAUGCAUUAACUUCUACAACACCAAAAACCAAUAAAUAAUUCGGCGACAGCGCUAUAAUAUACGAAAAUUUAGUUGAUGACUUAAUUGAAUCUCAUUAAGAAUGCGAAGAAUAAGACAGAAUUCAUAGAUAUAACGAUUAAAUUUAUCGUACAUGUGGUUCAGUCUGUGGUUAUGUAUAUUUUCUUUAUGAGAAUGCAUCAUAGGAUGUUCAUCUUCGUGAAGAACUGACUAUGAAAAAUUAUUAAUAUCUAGAAAUAUGUUCACCUAAAUCAUUCUCUGAUUAAGUUAAAGUGAAUGUAGCCCCAGGUGAUAGGUAGGUUAUAAAAUAUAGAGUUGAUGCUCGUGGUAGAGGGGAAUAUUCUUACCAAACAUCUGUAAAUUAUAUAUUAUUGCAGCAUGUAGAUCCUGAUGAUGAAAGUAAAUUAAUGCAGCUUGCUUUACUAUCUCCCUCUAAAGUUAAAUAAAGAGAAAUGCAUGGACACUAAAUGAAGAUAUUUGUACACACUUUUGUUUAUUACGGAGGAGUUUGUUUCUUAUACAUUAAUAAGACUUCAUCUAAGACAUAUGUGGAAGAUUUAGAGUUGGAAAUUCACAAUCUCGAUAUCAAGAGUGCUGUCAACGACCCUGAAUGCAUUCAUAUAGAAGUUCCUGCUCAAACCUAGUGGCUUCUAAAUUUAGUUACUAUUGAUUUAAAAGAAGAAAUAGCAUAUAAACCAAAGAUGACUUACUACCUAAAAUGA